CGGGUCACGGCUGUACAUUUAUUUGUACGUACAAGUGAUAAUUUGCCUGAAAUAGAAAGGUAACCACAAAGUACCACAUUGUAAGCAAUGGGAAAACUUGAACUACUUCAAAGUUUAACUGGACACAAAGGGAUAGUCUGGAAUGUGUCAUGGCAUCCCCAAGGCAAUGUAUUUGCUUCGUGUGGUGAAGAUAAGACCAUAAAAUUAUGGAGUAAAGAAGGACAGAAUUGGACCAUAAAAACAGUACUUGUGGAUGGGCAUCAGCGUACUAUAAGAGAAGUAGCUUGGUCUCCCUGUGGAAACUUCCUAGCUUCGGCUAGUUUCGAUGCGACUACAGCUAUAUGGGAUAAGAAAAGUGGUCAGUUUGAGUGUAAUGCAACACUGGAAGGUCAUGAGAAUGAAGUCAAAAGUGUAGCAUGGUCACCUUCAGGACAACUACUGGCAACUUGUGGUCGGGACAAAUCGGUUUGGGUUUGGGAAGUAGCGGGAGAUGAUGAGUAUGAAUGUGAAUCUGUACUUAAUGCCCACAACCAGGAUGUUAAGAAAGUUGCAUGGCAUCCUUCUUUAGACAUCCUAGCUUCAGCUUCAUAUGACAACACAAUAAAGAUGUAUAAAGAGGAUCCAGCUGAUAAUGACUGGGCUUGUAUAGCUACAUUACAGUCGCAUGAGUCCACCGUUUGGAGUUUAACAUUCGACAAGACUGGAGAGCGACUUGCCUCAAGCAGUGAUGACAGAACUGUAAAGAUUUGGAAGGAAUAUAAACCAGACAAUCAGGAAGGAGUAGCAGUUACAGAGAGGGAGUCUGUUUGGAAAUGCGUUUGUACUUUAUCAGGAUAUCAUACAAGAUGUGUUUAUGAUAUAGCCUGGUGUCACAAAACAGGAUUAUUGGCAACUGCAUGUGGAGAUGAUAUUAUAAGAAUUUUCAAAGAAACUGAAGAUUCUGACCCCAACGCACCUACUUUUGAAUUAGUGUGUACUAAGCAAAAUGCUCAUUCUCAAGAUGUGAACUGUGUGAGCUGGAAUCCAACAGGAACUCAAGAAUUACUUUCCUGUAGUGAUGAUAGUGAAAUAAGAGUAUGGAAAUUUUCAGACCUUGAUGAAGCAUAAUUCCAUGAAAAUGUAAUAAAUAUCUUAGUAAGCUCUAAUCAUUGUUGUAUUGCUUAGACAGUCUUAAACAUUGUUUUAUUCCGGAGCAUAUAUUAAGUUUAUCAUUUCCUAAGUUUAAAAACUACAUUAAAAAUAUUUUGAUCGAAAAAUCAUAUUACAAAAUUGAAGACUAUGUGUUAGAUAAAG